AUGGACACGGAGGUGGACGCGGGCUCCGUGGUCUCGGGCGGCGACGGGUCCGGCGCCGGCCCGGCCGAGGAGGAGCAGGAGAUGGAGCAGGAGAUGGAGGGCGCGCCCAGCUGCUCGGGGUCGCGCUCCUUGCCCUUCGAGUUCGAGCGCAGCCGCUCGGACUCCAGCGGCGACGAAGACGACGACGAGGACGACGAGGAAGAGGAGCUGGAGGAGGAAGAGGAGCUGGAGGGGGCGGCAGGGCCCCCCUUCGGCGUGGACGACGGGGAGCUCGACUCCGACGACGACCGGGAGCGUAUGAUAAACCUCUCUGAGUUGACCCCUUACAUCCUGUGUUCCAUCUGUAAAGGCUAUUUUAUCGAUGCUACAACCAUUACAGAGUGUCUACACACCUUUUGUAAAAGCUGCAUUGUGAGACACUUCUACUACAGCAACAGAUGUCCAAAAUGCAAUAUUGUUGUACAUCAGACACAGCCACUUUAUAAUAUCAGACUGGACCGGCAAUUGCAAGACAUAGUAUAUAAAUUAGUCGUCAAUUUAGAGGAAAGAGAGAAAAAACAGAUGCAUGACUUCUAUAAAGAAAGAGGACUAGAAGUUCCCAAACCAGCUGUCCCCCAGCCAGUUCCAGUGAGCCGAGGAAGACCUCGAAAAGUUCUGGGCUCCGUGUUCCGGAUCCCACCAGAACUUGAUAUCUCGAUACUUCUGGAGUUCAUUGGAGCUAACGAAGGCACAGGGAAUUUUAAGCCUUUGGAAAAGAAGUUUGUGCGUGUCUCAGGGGAGGCGACCAUUGGACAUGUGGAGAAAUUUCUCAGAAGAAAAAUGGAUCUGGAUCCUGCUUGUCAGGUAGACAUAAUCUGUGGCGAUCACCUGCUAGAACACUUCCAGACUCUGAGAGAAAUUCGUCAGGUCAUAGGAGAGAGUGCAAUACAGGAUGGUUUGCUUGUUCUGCACUAUGGCCUUGUAGUAGCUCCACUACCAGUAACUUAAAGAUCUCUACAAUGUGGGAUGGUGAAAGAAUCCAGAGUCAUGGAGCUUCCUCAGUGCCGUCUCUCACCAAAGAAGGCCAUCUU